CGGAGCAAAUAGCCGACGUACGCUUGAAUCGCUGUAGAACGUAGAGCGCGCGCCCAUAAGUGCUCACUCACUACUAUAAAAGCUUGCAGACGGCUAGUUGGAGCAAUCAGUCAGUCAAUAGGGCACAGACGACGCGGAAGAGUAAUCAACGUAGGCGCGCGCGACCAAUAUCAAAACAAAAAUUCAAAGCUUACUUAACUUACAUAAGCGCGUAGUGAAAGUGUGCGCGUGAAAUUACACGUUUGUAUUUGUUUUGCGUCAUUUGUUUUCGUAAUGUAUUUGUGAACACUGCAAGCAUGUUGGAAAGCACACCAAAGCAAAAUAUUUCGGUAAAAAGUAUGCCCGCCGACGCCGCGUCGCCGGAACAACAAAGUGAAACACUUUCACCACAAGUUUUAGACGCUUACCGUGAGUUAGCCAAUCGCAACGCCAUCGGCGAUUUCGAAUUGUUUGUGCAGCCCAUAGGCGGACCUGGUGAAAAUUCCUUUGGCUCCGUGCUGAAAGUACGUUUAACGCCUACAAGCGCGCCAACGAAGUCAGCGCCUUUGCAUACGGUAUUGAAGGUCGCUCCAACAAGCCCAGCGCGCCGCACACAUAUGCGCGUCAAGGACAUGUACACACGUGAAGUGUUUAUGUACGCAAAUGUGUUUAGUGAGUUUAACGCGCUGCACGUGCCACACGCGCAGUUUAGUGCCGCGCCGCAAAUGUUACACGCUUCGUUGAAGGACGACACUGAGUUUAUAAUUUUUGAGGAUUUAACCGCUGUAGAUUUUGCAGUCAACUCACGCACUAAUCUACCCACCUACGAUUUGGUGGUCUGCGCCUUUCGUGCUCUAGCGCAGUUGCAUGCUAUGUCGUUUGUACUGCAAGCGCGUCAGCCGGCGCGCUUUGCCGCGUUGGUCGCACAAAUGGAUGAUAACCUCUUUACGCCGGACAUGGAGAAAGUGUCAGUGGAGUUUGGCAAGAAAUACGUGCGGCGCACGCGUCACUUGCUCGAAGCAGACUUGAAGUUGAGCGAUGAAGAUACGCCAGAGAUGCGUGAGGUGCUGCUGGCACUGCAUAAAAUUGAGGAUCAUUUUCAUAGGAUUUGUUUGGAUGCAGUCGAUGGCGCGGCGUAUGCGCCCUACUCGGUUAUAUGUCACGGCGAUUUCUGGAAUAACAACAUACUCUACAACUUUGAUUCCAACAAUAAACAAGGCAACACCGCCAUCAAGGCCAAACUGAUUGACUUUCAAAUUUCGCGCUACUCACCGCCAGUCUUGGAUCUGGUACACUAUCUUUACGCCUGCACAGAGAAGCCGCUACGCGAUGCGCAUUUCAAUGAAUUCAUGCAAAUCUAUUACGACACAUUGGCACAGUUCAUACGCGACUAUGGAUUGGACCCUGGUGUCCUAUAUCCCGAAGCAAUAUUCCGCCAACAAUUACGGCAAUUUGGCGUCUAUGGGUAUUGCAUGUCCGCGUUUUCCGUGCCUUUCUUCGUGUCGAAUGCGAGUGAAUUACCAGAUUUGGAUAAAGUCUCCGAGGCCAUACAAGAACUCUCCUCAUCGGAAUCUUCGGACACAGAUGCAGUAGCAAGCGAUGACGGGACCGGAGCACAACAAAGUGAAGUGGCGCAGCAGCGACAGAAGAGCGCCCAGAACCAAGCAACAUCUACAAAAAGUCAAAACGCCGCAGAAUUGGUCGAUGAACUGGAUAUUUUGACCGAACGUACGCUGCCCAUAUUUAAAAGGCGUAUGAUCGGCAAUACUUUAGAUAUGCAGAAGUACGACAUGCUUGAAGCCGUAUUGAAGUAUUAAUGGGUAAAUGUGAGACGCAGAAAGAGUAGGCAGUGUGAUAGAGAGAAAAUGGUGUAGCAGAAAGAGAAAGUAAAUAAGAGAGGGAAAGAGAGAAAGAAGAAGGUGGAAGGAAAUAGAGUUGAUUGAGAGAGAGGGAGGGAAAUAGAAAGAGUGAGGGGAAACAAAGAGAGAGCGAGAGUUAGGGGCAAAAGAGAAAGAGGGAAAUAAGGAGAAAGAGGGGGAAAUAGUGAGAUAGAAUAUUUAAAAGCAGAAAAAGGGAAAGAGAGUGGGAAAGGGAGAUAGCGAGGCAGAGAGAAAUAGUGUGGUAUAUAGCAGGCUGUGGUGAAACUGCUUAAAUUGAGUUACUCACACAAGCAUUCCAGUAAAAAAAAACUGAGAAGAGAAUUGUAUAUAUUGAAUUAAGCUAUAAUAGGCGCUUCAGAGAGUUACUUAAUUGAGACAAUUAGUGUUUAUUUUCACCAUUAAAAGUAUUAAUGUAAACAAUUAACUAAUUGACUCAAUUAAGUUGCUGACCGAAACGCCCAUAAGUGUGUUUAAACUGCAUGAAGUUUAUUACAAAUUGGCUUAGUAGGGCUGCUCACCAUAUUAUAAUUAUUUUAAUAACAAAUUGUCAUCUAGUGCCGUUAGAAUCAGGCGUGAACUCAUUAAUUGUGUUGAUAAUUAUAUUAAAUUAUAUGUAUAUUUUUUAUUAAUUGGCGCAGUAGUAAACACAUUUUGUAGAAGUGCUACCGAAGUGUAGUGCCGUUGAUAUCGAAAGUAUUUACAUUUAUAAUAAAAGAAAAACAGGAAAAGAUAGUGAAAAAUAUUUGCUACUACAUUUAUAACUAUAUUAAUUUUUGUCAUAUAUGUACAUAUGUAUGUAUGUAUGUAUGCAGAGGUAGUGAUUAACUAGCAGAAUUGAAAUACUAUAGAAGCUAACAGAGGUACCUAUUAUGAGUUAAACAAAAAAGUUAUUAAAUAAAACAAAAUACAAAGCGAAAAAUAGUAGAAAUAAACAACAACUACAAAAAUGUGAUUUAAAACAAUUGUACAAAGCAGAGUAAUAUUUAUAGUAGAUAACAGUUAUUGCUUGUAAUAAAACAAUUAUCUGAAUAAACCAA